AUGUCUACCAACAUUGAGGAUGAUGACACGCCGCCGGAGCUGAUUGAUGUGUCCACGAUGCCAGUCGACCAGCCGCCCCCCUCUAUAGAGGAGGAAUCGACGGCUCGGGUUCCUAUCACCCUGGUUACAGGAUAUCUAGGAGCGGGUAAAACCACCCUGCUGAACUAUAUCCUGACGGAGAAACACGGCAAGAAGAUUGCUGUUAUCAUGAACGAGUUUGGGGACUCCUCGGACAUUGAGAAGCCUUUGACGGUCAAUCAGGGCGGCCAGGAAGUCACUGAAUGGAUGGAAGUCGGAAACGGCUGCAUCUGCUGCUCAGUCAAAGACACUGGUGUGAUGGCCUUGGAAUCCCUCAUGGAACGCCGUGGCACAUUCGACUACAUCCUGUUGGAAACAACAGGACUUGCAGAUCCUGGCAACAUUGCCCCAGUCUUUUGGAUGGACGAAGGACUCGGCAGCUCUAUCUACCUCGAUGGUAUUGUCACACUAGUCGACACAAAAAACAUUCUGCACCUGCUGGAUGAGCCAGCGCCCGAGGAAAAGGCAGAGUCUCACAACACUGACCAUGACCAUGGCUGCGGGCCUGUACUGUCCAUGGCACACAUGCAGGUGUCACACGCAGACGUGAUCAUUCUCAACAAAGCUGAUCUGGUUACGCCUGAGCAGCUGGAGGUUGUGCGGGACCGCAUCUCAGCUAUUAACAGCGUAGCCAAGAUUCAUGUUACGGAUCACAGCCGGACGCCACAGAUUGAGGGUGUUGUGCUAGAUUUACAUGCUUACGAUCACUUGGAUGAUUUGGAUUUCAGCAGGAAGGGACACAGCCAUAUCGAUCCGGCUAUUUCAACUAUCGCAGUCGUUACGUCUCCAAUCCCGGCUGACAAAGUGCCGCAAGUUGAUUCAUGGCUUCAGUCUGUUCUCUGGGAGUCAAUGUUGCCAGCGCCACCUACAUCGGCACCUGAAUUUCACCCUACGAACUUUGAGAUUCAUCGGCUGAAAGGAAUCCUACGUCUCGAUGACGGUUCGAACAAGAUUAUCCAAGCGGUCCGGGAUGUGUUUGAAAUCAGGGAUUCUGAACCUAUGCAACAUGACGAAGACAAGCCAUCUACAUUUCAGUGCAAGAUCGUACUGAUUGGCCGAGGGUUAGGGCCGACUUCAGACCCUUGGAGGGAGAGCUUCGAGUCAUUUAUUCGCGAGAGGUAA